GUCGCCUACGUCACCGACGUCAGUUCCGCCUCGCAGACCCCGGAUGAAGCUGCCAUUGGGGCAAGUGAGCAGGGCCACCGAGGCUGGUUGGAUUUUAAUUUAACGGUGAGGGGGUCGGAGCGGAUUGAAGCCCCGCAGGAUUAAUGUCGACAGGGCAGCGCGGAGUGCCAGCAGGGCUACGACGAGCAAACUGUCCGCGCCGAACAGAGACAGCGGCUAACAGCUGCUGCUAACUGUGUUUAACUGUUAGCAAAGUAACGCAGAGGAACAGCUUCUCUCUUCUGUCUCAGCUAUUAGCCUCUCAGCACACAGCGGAGUUUUGUGCGGCUCACACACUGAACGUCUUGUCGAGGCUUCAACUGACACAACACCUGGUGGAUGAAUGAUGUCUGCCGCUAGUAUUGACCCUCAGACAUCGAAGGGACAAGAUGCAAGCAAAGCCUUUCCAGUUUCAGUGCAGAAUGGCUCCCUCCACCAGAAGGAUACAGUCCAUGAUAAUGACUUUGAGCCUUAUCUUACCAGUCAGUCUAAUCAGAAUAACAGCUAUCAAUCCAUGACAGACCCGUACCUGUCCAGCUACUAUGCCCCCUCCAUUGGGUUUCCUUACCCGCUCAGUGAGGCUCCUUGGUCUACAGGAGGUGACCCACCGAUCCCCUACCUGACACCCUAUGCCCCCCUCAGCAAUGGAGACCAUCACUUCAUGCACGACACAGUGUUUGGGCAGCCGGGAGGGCUCAGCAGCAGCAUCUAUCCUCACAGGUUUAACUUCUUCCCAGAGAACCCGGCCUUCUCAGCCUGGGGCACCAGCGGUUCUCAGGGUCAGCAGACUCAGAGCUCAGCCUACGGGGGCAGUUAUAGCUACCCACCCAGCUCUCUAGGAGGCACCUUAGUCCCUGAUGGCCAGACAGGUUUUCAUAGUGACACCCUGAGCAAGGCUCCAGGCAUGAACAGCCUGGAGCAGGGCAUGCUGGGCCUCAAAAUAGGUGGGGAUGUGACAGGAGGUGGUUCAGGUUUGAAGAGUGGUUCUGUGAUCGGUGGAGGUGGCAGUGUAGCUGCGGCUGUCGCAACAGGCAACGGUGGCACACCGAUUGGGAUGCCCCCACCGAAACCUACGUCAUGGGCUGCUAUCGCGAGUAAACCUGCCAAGCUGCAGCAGCAAAAGACCAAGAACAAACCUGGACCACCCCUCUGUGGAGCUCUUCCUCCACCCCCCAUUAAACACAACAUGGACAUUGAUACAUGGGAUAACAAAGGGACCAUUACCAAAAUGGCCCCUCCUUUACCCCCCCACCAUCACCACCACCACCACCACCACCAACAGCACCAGCACCAACACCAGCCCCAGCUUCACUCCCAUGCCACCAGUCUCAUACCCCCCCUCCAGCAGUCCCUGCAGUCUGCCCAGUCCCUUGUGCAGCAGAUGACCAUGCAGGGUCCUCCACCUCCUCAACAGUCCUAUCAGAACCACAACUCUGCUCCAACACCUCAGACCCGCUGGGUAGCCCCACGCAACCGCAACUUGUGCUAUGGCGGUGGAAGCUUGGACAGCAGCGGCUCCUCUAACGGCGGUGGUGUUGGUAAUGGGGGUGGAGGGGGUGGGGGUGUGCCCCCAGAGCCGGGAUCAGAGUCCCACCCUGUGCUGGAGAAGCUGCGUGCAGCCCACAGCUACAACCCCAAGGAGUUUGACUGGAACCUGAAAAACGGCCGCGUGUUCAUCAUCAAGAGCUACUCCGAGGAUGACAUCCACCGCUCCAUCAAGUACUCCAUCUGGUGCAGCACGGAGCACGGCAACAAACGUUUGGACUCAGCCUUCAGAGCUAUGAACGCUAAAGGUCCCGUCUACUUGUUGUUCAGCGUCAACGGCAGCGGUCAUUUCUGCGGCGUGGCCGAAAUGCGCUCGCCUGUGGACUACGGCACCAGCGCUGGCGUUUGGGCGCAGGACAAGUGGAAGGGCAAGUUUGAUGUGAACUGGUUGUUUGUAAAGGACGUGCCAAAUAGCCAGCUGCGCCACAUCCGCCUAGAAAACAAUGACAACAAGCCAGUCACCAAUUCACGUGACACUCAAGAGGUUCCUCUGGAAAAGGCGAAGCAGGUGCUCAAGAUUAUUGCCCAGUACAAACACACCACCUCCAUCUUUGAUGACUUCUCCCACUACGAGAAGAAGCAGGAGGAGGAGGAGGUGGUGAAAAAGAGCUAUGAGCCUGCCUCAAUACCGAGCCGAUCCCGACUUGAUCAGGACCGUCAGAAGUAAACAGAAGACGGCUGCCGACGAAAUUUAGAUUCAAAGAGGAAACACGAGGACAUAAAGAAAUUGAAAACUAAUAUUUUUUUCUAGUUCAUUUUGUUGACUUCGGCCCACGUCAAACUCUUGACCCACGUUGCUCCUGGUUCCCUAGUCUUCAAGAUGCGUGCAGGGAUGAAGCUAGUUCCACCAGUCGAAUCGCUUCAAUAAUAUAUAUUUUCUUGUUUUUUCUGUAUUUUUUAGCCUUAUAAAACUUUAUCGCUACCCCGGAACUUGCAUUCUUAAACUAAAUAUAAGUAACAAAUAUCUGCACGUCUGUUUUUUGGAAAUCUCUUGACAACAUGCUGCUGAUAUUCAGUGACUGUUCACUUUGUGGUUUGUGUGUUGGAGAAAUGUUAAGUGCUUGUAUUGGUUAAUCUUAACGAGUGAACAACACUUUAUUGACAAAUGUCUGCUAUCUGUGUGUGGCCAGUUGUAUUUUAUAUGCUCAGAAGAAAAAAAGAAAAAACAACUUCUAUAAAGCCCCUUUUUUUCAAUGUGAGGGGGCGUCUUACGUUGGUGGAGGAAUGUGUACACUGAGAGUUUCUGUAUGCAUAGACUUAAUCGUUCAAGGUUGUGACGUUAGGAAGCGUAAAUGUUAGAAAAAUAUUUUGAAUAAUGUAUCACCUGGCUUAUAAACUGAUUUAAAUUUAGUGGAGAAAAUGUGGGAUUUCGUGUCUCCAGAGUGGAGCCUUAACAUUUCUGUCCAGCACUAGUACAAAAUAAAAUUUGUAAUUUUUUUUUUUUUUUUUUUUUUUUUUCCCAGAAUUGUACCUCAAAAUUUUCAGCUGUAGAGAUUCAGGGAAAAGACGUCUAGAGAUCAAUUGCUCUUAAAGGUGGUCCCUCUCUUUCUUAUUUAAAGGAUGGAAAAAAACAAAUAUACUGUAUGAUUUCAGGUUUUUAUCGACACAAAAUUUGCUUUCUGUCUGAUUCCCCCCCUGUGACUUUCCCUCUGUUCCCCUCGCUGAGGUCUCUGUUAGUGAAAUUCUGGAGGAAAAUGUAGCAUGUACUGCUUUUUAAAAACUCAAGCCAGGCCUGUCACUUCUUUUUUUGUUUUUUUUGUUUCUUGUUCUCUCUUAACAUGAUUAUAAUCUUGGCAUUCUCAUCAUUUUCAUAGCUAUAAUAACCUGUCCACAUCAUCCUCAGACAAUGUAAGCUUUAAUGUACCGGCAUUUCUAACUGAGAUCGCCUCAAAAUGUUUAACUGUAGCAUUAUACUUAACUGAUUUAUUGUCAAGUGUAUGAAAACCCAGAGACUAGCCUAUAUGGUAUAUGUUUGUGACUCCUUUUUUUUUUUCUUCUUUUAAUUGCUUGCUGUAUUGUGUGUAUGCAAGAGUGAAAGAAAAGAGAGGGAGUAUGAUUGUGGAGCAAUCAGAGUUAUAUUACUGGUUAUUGGAAUAUAGAAAAAUUUAUGCAAAAAAAGGAAAAAAAAAAAUUUAAGUCAUCCCUGAAUUAAAUAUCCGUUGUAUCAGAGGUCACCAUCACAUUCUUAGAUUUGGUCAUGAUCAUUAUUAAAGGUAUACUUAUCUGUA